UGUGUCCGAGGGGGAAGAGAGAGAGAGGCAGAUGUGAGAUAGCUCCUGUGCAACGCUAAACCCCCCAUGAGUGUAUAUAUACUAGUUCCGUAAAACAGAAAGUCAUACAUGGGGGAUUUUAAAUACAACAACUCUACGUCCGUAAGUUCAAUAAGUACGGAAACGUACGUUAUUAACACGUCAACACCCAGCGGCGUGUUUUACUCUAGUGCGACAGACAACACCAACAGCAAGUCAAAAAUGCAAGAUGACUGCCUGGUGGUGGAACAGGGUGGAGGCAAGUCUUCUGCGGGCGGAGUUGACGGUGGCCCUGAAGACCAACAACAGCAGCAACAACACAAUAAUAACGACGAUGAAAAUAAGACGAAUGGCGAAUCAGGCACAGUGACUGGUGUAGGUAGCAGUGCCCCCGGCACCUUACCUGGCACUUUAGGUUCAGGCACUGCUCCUGGGCCAUCUGUUUUAGGUCCUCCAGGAUCAGGAGGAGUGCCCUCAGUAGCAGCAGCGGCCGCUGCAGCAGCCCAGGCAGCAGCAGCAGCAGCUGCGGCUGCAGCUGCAGCAGCUGGAGGAGGAGGCGGUGGAGGACCAGGUUCAGGAGUUGUGGGUGGUGGCCCAGGGGGCGGAGGAGGAGGAGGCCUCGUAGAGCCUGCAGCAUUACCUGCAUCUUUGGCAUCCUCGGUGGCCUCCCUAUGGUCGCCUCCGUCCGUAGAAGAUACCCUGCUUCACUCUGCAAUGCCCGCCAUCAACGGGUCCCUGGCUUUCCCUGGUCUGGGCCCUAACAACCCAGGUGGACCUGGGGGAGCUGGUGGCCCUUCGCCAUUAUUCGGCACUGGUCUUGGCCCACAGUUGGGCCUAGGACCUCAAAAUCCACAACAGAGGAGAAAUAUGCAGCAGGGAGGUGCCCCCAACUUCCCAGGUCAAGCAAGACCUCCGCAGUCGCUGGGUCCUGCAGCAGCGCCCGGACCCCAGGCACCUUUCCUUCCCAACAAGUACUCGUCUUCUUGGUCAUCGGGGCUUGGAUCGCAGGGCAGCGCUUGGUCCCCCGGACCGUCCCCUCAAGGAAAUUCCGCAGGAGGCCCAGGAGGUGGGCCCGGCACUGCCCCGUCUCUGCCGGGGAUGAGUUCAUGGUCGACAAGAGGCAGGGGCAGCGUGGCAGGCAUGAAUCCCCUAAGUCAUAAUUUAGGCGGUAUGUCGUCAGUGGCCCGCAAGACGAAUAUACCCAACACGUCAUCCAUGAUGAUGAAGAACUUCCGACGUUCGACAAGCUAUCCAGGAAAAGCUGGUCCCUUCCCGCAUCCCCCAUCCUUCGAGAUCACAGGUGUCGACGAUGGUUGCUUCCCACGCGAUCUUCUUCAGUUUCCGGUAAGUUUUAUCCUACUGUGAUUUUGCAUAUUAGGU